GGAGCUCCGUGAACCAUCAUGCAAGUGUCUUGGAGUUGAGUGGAACCAGAUGUUGUAUAAAUACAGAAAGUUUGGCCUUUUCUUUCUUUAUCUCUCUCUGUCAACUUCGAAUCUCAAGCUUUUUGAUCAUUUCUAUCGACCAUGGACCACUCCACGGGUGCAAUGUUGGGGUAUCCUACCAAACCAACAGUCAUAAUUGUCGUGGUUUCUUACGCAGUCUAUAUCAUUGUCAACAAGCUAAUACUAUCACAUCUUCGUCGUGUUAAAGCCAAGAAGCUUGAUUGCAAAAAUCCUCCUGCCCAAAAGAAUCGUCUUCCUUUAGGCAUUGAUCAGGUGACCCGAACUCUUAACUCCCUCGCGGCAAAGACUUUCCCUACCGACAUUCAAAAUGAAUACAAAAGAUUGAAUGCUCUUACCUAUAGCAAUUCCAUUCUCGGCAACGAUGGCUUUGCAACUAUUGACGAAAAAAACAUCAAAGCAAUGCUUGGAACACAAUUUCCCGACUUCGAUUUGGGUGCUCAAAGGAAUAAUAAUCUCAUACCAUUCUUGGGCCCUGGUAUAUUUGCACAAGAUGGGAAAGAUUGGGAACGAUCGAGGGCACUUAUGAGACCACAAUUUGCAAGGGAUAAUCUAAGCGAUUUGGAAAUGGAAGAAAGACAUUUCCAGGUCUUGCUGGAGGCUCUACCUGGAAUUGAAAAAGAUGGUUGGACGGGCGAAAUAGAUGUUCAGCCUUUGUUGUUCCGAUUCACGUUGGAUACGGCAACGGAAUUUCUUUUGGGUCAGAGUGUUGAGAGUCAACUUGCGGGAAUGAAAACUGCCCUCGACAUCACGGGUGAGGUGAAAGAUGUCGACGCCUUUGCAACACAAUUCGAUAUUGGAAACAUGAGCUUGGCGAAGAGAUCGAAAUUUGCUUCAUAUGCUUGGCUGGUGUGGCCAAGUGGUUUCAGGAAGGCCACCAAAACUUGCCAUCAAGUAAUUGAUCGGAUAGUUGCCGGAAAUCUCGAGAAAAUGAAAGCAGCCGGGGAUGUCGGCGAUUCAGAUCGUUACGUUUUCUUCGAAGCCUUAGCAGAGAAAACCCGGGAUCCGAUGGAACUACGUGCGCAGGUCAUGAACAUCCUCCUCGCGGGUCGGGAUACCACAGCAUCUCUUCUUGGCUUUACUAUACUCAGACUAGCCCGAGAUGCCACACGCUACCAAAAAUUAAGAGAGAUAGUCCUGGAGGAAUUUGGCACUUUCAGUGAGCCGAAAAAUAUCACAUUUACGCAUAUCAAGACUUGCAGAUAUCUCCAAUGGGUUCUGAAUGAAACGUUAAGAUUGUAUCCGUUAGUGCCAUGGAACAUGAGAGUGGCAAACAAAGAUACUACGUUGCCACGUGGUGGUGGUAAGGAUGGGAAUAGCAAGAUUUUUGUGAAAAAGGGUACGGUAGUGGAGUAUAGUGUUUUUGCGUUGCAUAGACGAAAGGAGCUUUGGGGUGAGGAUGCGGAUGAGUUUAAACCGGAGAGAUGGGAAGGAAGGAAGGGGGGUUGGGAUUACUUACCGUUCAAUGGUGGCCCCCGCGUCUGUAUAGGGCAACAAUACGCACUCACAGAAGCCGGGUUCUUUAUCAUCAGAUUACUGCAGAAAUAUGAUCAGAUGGAAAGCGUGGACAAGACGGACGUCACGUUUAAUGUGACAUUGACGAUGUGUAGUGGGAAUGGGGUUAACGUUAAGUUGCAUGAGGCCGGGCUGUGAGGGCGGGGUCGUUUUAGUGAAGAAGAGUGGAAUAUAGAUAUCAGUAUUUCAAUUCGAAGUAUAUAUCGCCCUGUCUCAAACAUCGAGUGAAUCAAGCA